CUUGAACUACUUCAUUUUACGGCUGUGGUUAGAAUUUUGGGUUGGGCGAAAAUGGCGAAGAAGAAGCAAUUGGCAUCUUCGGCUCCAUGGCGAGGGGAGGAGGAAGUGGAUGAGUUCGCCGGAGCAAAGCUCAAGGUGACUAAGAAUCCCGGCGAGACUCCGGUAAUGCACGUUCCUCGCAAGAAGAGCCUCAAAUCCAAGAGCUCCAUAGACGAAGAUGAUUCCCUUGAGAUUGACCCUGAGCUUCGCUACAGUUUCCAGCGAAAUUACCAGUUUCUUCAACGAGUAUUUAGCAUUGACACCAUUGUCAAACCUCUUCCACCAGCCAUGGCGUACAAUGCUUCCAGGAACUUGCACUUCUUCACUCGCAUUUUCACACAGUUCUUUGACCCUGAAGGUAUUGCAAACGCUCAGAAAUCACUUGGACUCGGACAGGAAGAGAAAGAUCGCCGUGUUCGUUAAGUGGAGAAGAAAGGGAAAUGACUGGGGACUUUGAUGUAUUUGGGAAGCAUUAUGCAUAAUUUUUGUUCAACUUCAAGUUUAAUUACAUUUGUUGGGUUUGUAGAAAAUUUACACUCAAAGAAAACUGUUGCUACAAUGAGAAUCUAUUCCUGUUCAGAUC